AUGAAACUCAGCGAAAAAGAGAAGGAAAACGCAUUGAAUGAGGUCAGAAUUCUGGCUUCAAUCGAACAUCCAAAUAUAGCUGGAUACAAAGAAGCAUUUUUUGAAGAAUCGACUUCAUCUUUAUGUAUUGUGAUGGAAUAUGCUGAUGGCGGAGAUUUAUUGUCAAAAAUCAACUCACUUAAGAAAGAAGGAAAGCAUAUGAAGGAAGAAGAUGUUUGGAGCAUAUUCUAUUAAAUGGUGGUAGGUCUGUAGGCUUUACAUAAGGUAAAAAUCGUACAUAGAGACAUAAAAUGCGCAAAUGUUUUUUUAACAAAGGAGGGUUUUGUAAAACUUGGAGAUCUUAAUGUUAGCAAAAUUGCGAAAAUGGGAGUCUUAAAAACUCAAACUGGUACUCCAUAUUACGCCAGUCCAGAAGUUUGGCAGGACAAACCAUAUGACAAAAGAUCUGAUAUCUGGUCGUUAGGUUGUGUUUUGUAUGAAUUGAUAGCUUUACAUCCUCCAUUCGAAGCAAAGGACAUGCAAGGUUUGUAUAAAAAAGUGCUUACAGGAGUUUAUCCUAAGAUUCCAUCAAGCUAUUCAUCAGACUUAAAUGCAAUGCUGAAAGCUCUUCUCUAAGUGGAACCUAAAAAUAGACCGACUACCAAGUAAAUCAUGCAUUUACCUGUUUUUAUUGGGAAAUAUAAUGAAAUUCGGGAAAAUAAAGCUAAGGAUUUCGAGGAUGAGCAUACUUAUGAUGAUUAAAAUAUGCUUUUAGGAACAAUCAAGGUGCCUAAAAAUCUUAGACUACUUUCAGAGAGAUUACCAAAGAGUAAUUAUGAAAAAAAGUAAAAGAAGGAGGAAGAUAAAAUGAGUGAAAAAGGCAACAAAUCUGUGAUUUAGGAUCAACUCCAUUCGAUUCAGGAAGAGGAAGUACCUUCUGGGUAGAAAUAAUAAAUACCUGAAGACAGUAAAAUAAAAGAAUAUGCGAGUAAACCACCUAUUGUCAGGAAUGGAAAAGCCGGUAGUUAAAGAUCAUUAAGUGCAAAGUAGAAUCAAAAUGGAAUUGUUUAAAAUUAAUUAGCUGAAAAAGGUCAAUAAAUAAUGCAAAAGCAUAGAUAAAUUAGCAGUGAUAGAGCCUAAGGGGAAGAAUCAACAGGUUCUAAAUUAGGUAGGAUUGGUCAAAGUAAUAUAAAUUCUUAAGAGAGAAACAACCAAUUAAAUCAAUAGAUCUAAAAUGAUGCCUACAUUAAAGUUCAGUAAUACAGGAAAAAGCUUUAUAUAAAUUAACUCCCUAAAAGCUCCCCUUCUUAAAGGAAUGGAAUUGCUGAUCUAUAUUAUCAAAUCGCUCAUGGAAAAGGAGCUUUAAUUGAUAAGCAUGAAUAAAAACUUAGUAAAGAGAGGAUUGUGAAUCCUUAACCAUUUGAAAAAGUUGUUUCAGAAAUACAAAGUCAUCAAUCGGUAUAAGGACCUGUGAUAUAAUAAGUUCAUCGAUAAGAUUCAAGAUAGAACAAUCACAGGUAGCUGGUUGUCGAGGAUCCUCUAAGAGGUAACAACAGAAUAGCUCAAUAGCCAUUGCCUCUGAUUAAUGCUGGGAGAUAGGCAAUGAACGAAAAUUACACUCCAAAAUAUCAUGUCCCCUUGGAAAAGUUAUAUGGCAAGCACAAUCAAGCACUGAUCUCACCCUAAUAAAGAGAAUCAAAUCAUAAACUAGGCAUGCCACCUAUGAUGCCAAGAACGAAAUCAAAAGACUCUCUUCUUAUUUACAAUAAUCUGAGAGAUGUAUAUAGAAAUAUGGGAGGCGGGGCUUAAAGUAUUGUAUAAGCUGGAAGAUUAGAAUCAUAAAGACUACUUUUGGAUCAUUAUAAAAGGGUUGACCCUAAUAAUCAUCAGAUAGUUCCAAUAGACCUAAAAAGAUAAAAUCUUAAGCAUUAAUAUAUUCCUAUGAGCUAGCACGGUUAAAGAGGCAUCAUAAGUACCAACAAUGGUGCUGGUAUGCCUAUCCCACAGUCAAGACAAAAUAUGCCAUUAGCAUCUCCUUCAUAAUAGUCAGUGAGACCCUAAUGGUGGGGUUGA